AUGACAUCUAAAAGUGAAAAAGAUAGAGCCAAACAGAUCCAAGAUCGAUGUCAGAACAUAUUGAUGCAAAUGUUAAAGGAUGAAGAUAACAAAUACUGUGUUGAUUGUGACGCCAAGGGUCCAAGAUGGGCGUCCUGGAACUUGGGCAUUUUCCUUUGCAUCCGCUGCGCCGGCAUCCACCGCAACCUCGGAGUCCACAUCUCGAAGGUGAAGAGCGUCAACCUCGACUCGUGGACGCCAGAGCAAGUGGUGUCCCUGCAGCAGAUGGGCAAUUCGCGGGCACGUGCCGUUUACGAGGCCAACCUGCCGGACUCGUUCCGACGGCCGCAGAACGACAACUCGCUGGAGGCGUUCAUUCGCGCCAAGUACGAGCAGAAGAAGUACAUCGCCAAGGAGUGGGUGCCGCCGGCGAUGCCCAAAGUCAACUGGGACAAAGAGAUAGAUGAAGAAAUCGAGCGUCAAAAAAGGAAAAAGAAAUCUGCCUCGUCUACAUUAGGUCCACUGCCUGCGCCUACAGUUGGCGAUAAAAAGUACAAUAAAUCUGAUGUUAUACCGAGCUUACCAAAACCGAAAUCGUCUGUCAGUCCUAAAUUAGGUAGAAGUACACCAACAAGCAACCAAAUGGACACCGGCAAGAUAUCCAAUGGCUCGGCAGACCUUCUUGGCCUGGAUACUGGAAAACCGGACACAAAACAGACCACAAAUGAUGAUAUAUUCUCCAGCUUCUUUUCCGCGCCCCAAGAGAAGCCGUCGGAAACACCGAAACAAGAAGAACUCAAACCUGACUUGAAAGUAGAGGAGGAGAACUUCUUCAAACAGCCUGCACCAACAGAAAAAGAAAAAUCAAAGCUAACUAAGGAUAGUAUAUUAGCGUUGUAUAGUCAAACACCAACUACAAAUUUAGUCAAUCAAUUUAGCACAGUUCCUCAGGUGCAGCCUCAAGCAUUCCCUUUUGCAACACCUUACCAAAAUCCAAUGUACAAUAAUAUGCCCAUGCAAAAUGGAAUGCAGCACUUCAAUCAAUUCCAACCGAUGAAUAGUCAAUUUCAACAAUUUGGAUCUCAGAUGCCGCCACAGAACAUGCAGGCUCCGCACUCUUCUUUUCCACAAAACAAUCAACAAUUCUUCAGUAAUGCACCCGUUCAGCAACCUCAACCAGCACUAUCCCAACAGUUUGGCAACUUAAACUUAGGCCAGAGUUUUCCUAAUGCAUUUGGGCAGCCUAACACAAAUGUGGCUAGCAAUUCAACAUGGCAA